AUGGGAAGCGGAAGCUCAGCUGCCAUCCGCCAUGGGCUUGCAUCUUCAUCUGCGGAGGGUCUCAGGGAGUUUGUCCUUGGACUUCCGUCGGAAGAGCAGUCCAAGCUGCAAGAAGCCGUGGAGAAAGCACAGGGCCAGAGCAUCGCUCUCGGAACUGCCGACUUGUCUAGCUUCUUUGGGAAGACCUACGUUGAUGGUGGCUUGUACGAUGGGUUGUCCUACAAGGAGGAUAUGAUCGAAGGAAGCCAACCAACAUAUAGGUACGAUGCUCCCGACGGGCCGGUGCAUGUUUGGCGCCAUGCCCUCGAUCUGUGUGGUUCCCCUGAGGAAGAGGAUGUCAUCGUGUUGUAUCACUACACGAACCUACUGGGCUUCAUGAACGUCCUCGGUUUCACUCAGUCAGCAGUGGACUCGCGUGCACAUUUUGGAAAGGGGCUCUAUGCCACACAGCAUGAGCCAUCAGUGUGGCAGCACAGACUUCGCAUACUCUUGAACAACUACAGCAACGGCGAUCCUUGGAGGGUGGACCUUGAGGACGAUGAGUGCAAGCUCAGGAACCAGGAAUGGGGCGAUGGUAGCGCCCUCGGACAUAGGGCCGCAUUCUGCGUGCCCUUGCGAGUGCCAAGGGAGUUGGCGUACAACAUCUUCCAAAGGUUGACACCCGACAUGAAGCAGAGGCGUGUUCAGGGCGAGGAUGGACGGGAGCGGGCGGUUAAGUUGGGAGAGGACUACAAAGGACGUGAAGUGCACUCAAGUCGAGAUGUGUGGGUUGUGCGACUGAUGGAUGAGAAUGGUCAAGUCAAGCAUGCAACCGCUGCAAACCGGGGCCUGAUUGAUCUCCUCACCAUUCGCCUGUCGAAGCUUCGAACCACGCGAAAGCUGUCGGAUACUCAAGCCUUUGAUUGUGCUAUGGAGCUCGGGUUUCGAUUGUUGAGUCGGGGCAGGUUCAAUGAAGCAGAAGGGCUUUUGAAAGACUGCUACAACGAAUGCAAGAAGGAGCUUGGAGAUGUUCACCCUACCACUGUGCAAAGUGUUCUUGCGCUCGCUCACACAUGUCGCGAACAUGGACAGCUCCUAACAGCGGAACAUCUACUUCGAGAUUCUGUUGCUGCGGUGAAGAGCCAACUAAGUCCAGAAGAAGCCAGCAAAUCAAUGCCGGCACUUGCUAACGAGCUGGUCCAGUGCUUCGUAGAUCUGGACCGCUUCGAAGACGCGGAACAGUUUUUGCAGGAUGUAGAGCCCUUCUUAUCUCCGGAGUAUUGCUGCCAGGGCCGUGCCCAGCUGAAAAUGGGCCGCCUCGCCAACUCCGGGAAACCCGAGCAGCUCAGGGAGAAGUACCGAGGAGAGCUGCUGGAGAGCCGGCGGAAGCUCGGAGCCAUGCUUAUUUUGAGGCCGAUGCUUCGAGAUCAACUGGAUUCUGCCGAGCAGAAGCUCGGUAUGCAUCCUAUUCUGCUGGAGACGAUGGCGAUCAUCUCUCGACUCAAUGCUCUUCAAGACAAGGGCGAGGAAUCCAUCGAACUCGGAAAGCGCAGCUAUGAAGGUAGCUUGGAGAUGCUGGGAGCUAGUCAUCCGCAGACGAUGGAUCGACUGCGCCAGUUGGCAGAGAUUUUCGAGAUGGUGGGCCGUACUCGCGAGGCUGAGCAGCUUUACCACAGCUACAUUCAUCUCUGCGAGGAGGCCUUCGGAGAGAUGCACCCGAAAAGUCUGCAAACAAAGGCUUUGUUAGCGCUUCUUCUCUUCAAGCACGGCCGGCAGAGCGAGGAGGCGAUGAAGCUUGGGCUGGAAGCAGUGACUGGUUCCUUGAGCGCUUCGGACGGAUGUCCAGACCGGCCAGAUGAGGAAAUUUCGGAAGCGGUCGAUCUCAUCGACGUCAUGGCACCGCACUUGCUGCAUCAGGGCCGUUUCCAUGAAGCUUUGCCGCUGCUACAGUCGAGUCUGAAGACCAAAGAAGCUAAGCUGGGAUCUUCCCAUAGUAUCACCGAGCAGACCAGGAGUGCUUUUGCAAACUGCCUCGCCUACCUCGGGCGAUGGAACGAAGUUGAGGCCCUUUGCCGUGAGAGGCUGGAGGCUUUGCAGCAAGUGAGCCCGCCGAAUUGGGAGAAGAUCAGCACCAUGAAGCGGGGCUUAGCAGGAUCCCUUCUUCAGCAGCUCCGGUUUGCAGAGGCCGACCAGCUCCUGCAGGAGGCCUUGGAAACCAACCGCAGGGAGCUCGGAAAUUUCUUCAUCCUGAGAGCACUUCUUGAAGAAGUGCAGCAGGCCGAGGCCUCUGCAUGGCAGGAUCUGAAAGAGAAGAGGCAGCGACUCGGAGACACCCUAAACCCCGAGCUCCGCCAGUCCAUUACGACCUUGCAGAAGCUGCUGCAAUGCCAAGGGCGGCUCAAGGAGGUGGAAGCUCUGAUGUGGGAGCUUCUGAAGACAAACAGAGCAGACCUGGAGAAGGGAAAGCAUGCUGAGACGCGAGACGGCCUUGAUUGGCUCGAAAGCACCUUGCUGGCCAUUUUGCUGGCAGAAGCCAGGGUGUCCGAAGCAGAGCAUCUCCUCAAAGAGGACUUGGAGCUCAAGCGGCGCACCCUGGGCAACGAGAACAUGUCAACUCUCAAUACCCUAGGACAGCUGGCAAGCUUGCUUGAGCAACAGGGGCGCCAUGCGGAAGCUGAGCCUUUGCUUCAAGAAGCUAUCAAAGGCAAACGG